GUGAGAUCAUGAAUUAGUGCGCGUUUAUCGUAUACUCUCUCAUAUGAACCUCUUUCUCGACUCAUAUGAACAAAAUGCAUCAAAAUACAUAUACAGACUCACAAAAUCGCCGUUCCGUUUUAUCAUACACACAUAGUACGAGUUGAUCGCCGAGAGAGUGAGGCCAGAAACAGUUUCGCAACAUGAAUUCUCUCAAUUUGCUCCAAAAGGUUUGAAAAUUUUCAGAUUUUCCUCUCUAAUUUCUAUCUAUUUUGACAUGGAAAUCCCUUUUCGAAGUCUAGUCUGUGAUCUGUAUUUCUAAUCUUUGUUAGAAGGGUUUUUUAGGGUUAGGGCUUGCGUUAUGGGUCGUUGUCCGUGCUAGGGUUAGUGGUUUGGAUAUAUUUGCACAUAUAUCUAAGUAUCUGUAAAACCCUGAUUGGUUUAGCAGACUCGUUUGGGUAAAAAAAAAAAAUCGAAGAUUUUCUAGAUCAGAACGAUUUAAUUGUUUUAUUGGGUAGCAAAAUAUGCAAUCGAGAAGGCGUGAAGAUUUAAUGGUCCAAUCUCCGGUGGGGAAGUUACGGGACCGGCGAAUUGAAUUGGGUCCUGACCCUUAUGCAAUGCCUCGCCGUGAUGUGCUGGAGCGAUCGCCACGGUCUAGGAGGAGUUUGAGCCCUCAUAAUCAAGAGGGACUUCGGCGAGGCUUGGAUGGGGACAGAAGGAGCACCUCACUGGGAAGGAGGAGUUAUGGUUGGGAUUUGGAUGGUGGUAGAGUUGAUAGGAUGAGGUCGAGGUCGCCCCCUUUUGGGCAACUGCAUAACAGGCCUCACUAUGAUGGGGGGAUUUCAGCUAGGGAUUUGCUUCCAGUGGAAUCACAGCAUAAAAGGCCUCACUACGAUGAAGGGGUUUCACGUAGGGAUUUACUUCCAGUGGAAUCCCAGCGUAGCCAUGAAUAUUUUGACUAUAAGGAUAUGAAUGCUGAUGCGAACAGAGGUCCAAAGCAUGAGUAUGGGUAUGAGUAUAGUACUUCAAGAAUUAUGAGAGAGAAGGAUAUUGAUGGUGGUAGAUUCCCGGAUGCUGUUCGGCAGGGUAUGUUGGGUCAGAAAUCUAUGCUUUUAGAAGAUAGCACAGCUAGGGAAUCAUUUAGGCUGAUAACAGAUUUUGGACCCACCUCAAAAUAUGUUGAAGGUGGUGGGAAUUUCACAUCUUCAUCAGCUCAUUUGGAUUUAGGUCAUUUCAUGGAUGAAAAGGUUCGGUAUCAAGACCCAUCACUGCAGGAUAAGUCAUCAGUUAUGGAACCAUAUGGAAAAGGUGAAAAACCCAUGUUUCAUUCAAGGAAUGUUACUUAUCCCGCAGUGCCACAAUCUCAAUCUAAGGAUUAUAUGGCCACCUUCAAGGAUUUUGGUGGCACUUCUUCUGGAAUUUCGAGGGCUAACUUCACCAAUGAAUAUCAAAGGAGCUCUGCAAAACUAACAGAACCUUUGGGUUCCGGAGGGUACGGCCAAAGGUUUGUUUUUGACUCUGUAAGAGACCAGGAAGCUGAACACAAGGAUCUGACAGGCUAUAGGCGGGACACAUUUAGUCCCACCAAGACAAGGGCCGAGCAGUGGGAUUAUCUAUAUACUAGACCAGGGAGAAGAGAGAGUGAUGAACGUGGAUAUCCUUCUGAUGAUUUAUACAGAAGGAUGGCUUCAAGUGAGCAAGCAGACUACCAUCAUAGAGACUUGUUAAGACCAAGUACGAUGGACUCUGUAGCAGAACAUGUUGAUAAUACUGAAUGUUCUCACAGAAAUCUGAGAGAUGGCAGUUUAUGGGACCAACCUUCCAUGCAAAGGCAAACAGUUCCAGAUUUCCUUGGUAUGAGCAGAUCAUUAAUUGAAUCAAAGCAAGGAGGUGAGUAUGUAGAUUCUGGAACUUCUUAUGUUGAGUUCGGAAGGAGAAUGUUAAAUGAAGAGAAAAUGUCUCAUUUGGAUGUCUCAGUAGACAAUAAAAAUUUGCAUUUGAGAUUAGAUUAUGGUUUCGGAAGUGAUGCAGGUCCAGCAUCUUAUAAAGAAAGUACGAGGAGUGCGCUUAAAUAUGAAGCAGAAAUGCACAGACGUGCUGGAAGAAUACACAGAACCAAUGCAGACGAGCAUAUAACAUAUGACCCAUCUGAUAGGGUGCUCAAGAGAAAGUACAGUAUGGAUGAAGAAAUGAGUAGGCAUAAUACUAGAGGUAUUAUGUCAAGUAAAUGGAACAAUUCUAGUAGGAUGCAAGAACUACAUGACAGAGAUGAGGAUUUGAUGGGUGAAGAUGUGAGUGCUUCAUUUUCAUCAAGACGUGGCCAUGGCCACAACCCAUAUAGAAGAGUGGAGAGGUCAUUUGAUAGGGCUGAUCGUCACGGAGUUUCCGGAUCUGAUGAAUGGUUGUCAUCUCAUGAUCGAGUGCGAGAGCAUUCUACCAAACAUUAUAAGCCUGGUGGUAGAUAUUUAAAGGAUCCUCCAAGACCUGGUCCUUUAAGCUGGCAUAAUUCUCAUCGUUCUAAUAGAAGGCAUGUUUUUCCUAAACAACACAAUGUUUGGAUAAGAAGUAGAGAUGGAGAUCAAGCGGAUGAUAAUCAAGUGGAUGUACAUGCAAAUGAAGUGGACCAAGCAGAAGAUUGGAUGAGUUAUGCAAAGUCUGAGCCACCCGAAGAUUCUGAGGAGUUCAAUCAACUGGUAGGGAAGGCCUUCUUAUCAUUCACUAAAAAGUUGAAUGAGAACCCAGCUGUUCGAAAAAGAUACAAGGAGCAAGGAAGAGCUGGUAGCUUGUACUGCAUCGUGUGUGGCAGAAGCCUAUCGAAAGAGUUCAUGGACACUCAACGCCUGGUAACACAUGCCUAUAUGUCUCUCAAGGUUGGUUUGAGAGCGCAGCACUUGGGUCUUCAGAAAGCACUUUGUGUUCUGAUGGGGUGGAACAGUUCGGUUGCCCCAGACGUUAUCACAUGGGCUCCAGAGUCCAUUUCUAGUGACGAAGCUUUAGCUCAGAAAGAGGACCUUAUACUCUGGCCUCCUGCUAUUGUCAUUCAUAACAUCUCCAUUUCAGACAAUGAUCCUAAAGGGCGGAAAGUCAUAAGUAUAGACGCACUUGGGGAUUUUCUUAGAGGUAAAGGUUUUGGUGGGGGAAAAAUCAAGGUUUGCCUUGGGAAGCCUGCAAACCAUAGUAUUCUGGUGGUGAAGUUCUUGGGCACGUUCUCUGGUCUGCAAGAUGCAGAGAGGCUUCAUAACUAUUUUGCUGAAAAGAGACGUGGGAGAAUAGAUUUGGAGCAAAUAGCUUCCAGCAAGGGCAAAAGUAGCAAUGGUGGUGAUGAAGAAAAGCAGGCAUCAAACAUGGAGGAUCUUGUGUUGUAUGGCUACAUGGGCAUUGCUGAGGACCUGGAUAAAGUCGAUUCUGAUACCAAGAGAAAGUGUCUAAUCAAGAGCAAGAAGGAGAUUCAAGACCUUGCAAAUGCUCCUGUCAAACCCCAGUGAGGACCUACUAAUCAUAAUUUGAACAAGACGCUAUGUUAUGAUGUAUGACUGGUAGCAGAAAAAAAAUAUAUUGAAAUUGAAGCGUCUCCCACCUCUAGAAUGGAAAACACUCUCCUAUGGCAGAUGUUUUGCGACUUGUUUUAAUAACCGACGUCAGGAGGUGUGGCUAGGCUAUUCUGUCUUAUAUUCAAACCUCCUCUUUAUGUAAGCAGAAUUGUUGCUACUUUUGAUAUUUCAGGUGUUUAAAUUCUCUACCAAUUUGCUUUUAGCAAGUUUGGAUAUAUGAUUCUAAGAAGCUGUAUGUUUGCUUCAUGCAUUUGACACAAUUUGCUAGGAAAAAAGAGAAGGGAGAACUGCAGCUUACUAAAGGUCUCCUUUAUGUUAAAUUGAACAAAAUAUUUUUUGCUUAUUGAAUCCCUCUUUCUGGGAAGUCCAUUUGACUCUUCUUAAA